AGACCAUCUCUCCUUUCUCUUCACUAUAAAUACGGUCCCAAGCUGUCAAAAUCCAACUGUCUCUCUCUCUCUCUCUCGUAUCCGAUCAACUGUUGAAAAAUGGGGAGAGGAAGGGUAGAACUGAAGCGGAUCGAGAACAAAAUCAACAGGCAAGUAACCUUCGCCAAACGCAGAAACGGGCUUCUCAAGAAAGCCUACGAGCUCUCUGUUCUCUGCGAUGCUGAGGUUGCUCUCAUCAUCUUCUCCAACAGAGGCAAGCUGUACGAGUUCUGCAGCACCUCCAGCAUGUUCAAGACACUAGAGCGAUAUCAGAAAUGCAACUAUGGAGCACCAGAGGCAGCUGUGACAACAAGAGAGAUUCAGAGCAGUCAUCAGGAGUAUUUGAAACUUAAAGCACGCGUAGAGGCCCUGCAACGUUCACAAAGGAAUCUUCUGGGCGAGGACUUGGGCCCGUUGAGCGGCAAGGAGCUUGACACACUUGAAAGGCAGCUCGACGUGUCACUGAAACAAAUAAGAUCCACUCGGACCCAGUACAUGCUUGACCAGCUCACAGAUCUUCAAAGAAGGGAACAAAUGCUUAGUGAAGCUAACAAGGCCCUCAAAAGAAGGCUGGAUGAAGGAAUGCAGGCAAAUACACACCAAGCAUGGAAUCACAAUCCACAUGCAAUGGAGUACAUCCGGCAACAGGGCCCACCGCAGGGCGACGGAUUUUUUCAUCCACUAGACUGUGAACCCACGCUCCAAAUCGGGUACCAGACCGAUCAAAUAACGAUGAGCACUGCUCCUGGGCCCAGUUUGAAUAACUACAUGCCGGGGUGGCUCGCAUGACUUGGACCACUUUUGCCAUGGUGUCUAUGUCAGAUUAGCCAUGGUACAUUGACAAACAAGCCCCGGAUGGGCCUCUUAUGCAUCUUCUUUAUGUUGUAAGUUGACAAACAAACCCCUGUUGGGUCACCUAUGCCAGUUCUUUAUGUUGUAUGUUGACAAACAAACCCCUAAUGGGUCAUCUGUGCCAGUUCUCUGUUGUAUGUUCUCAAACAAACUCCUGAUGGGCCACCUGUGGUAGUUCUUAUUUUGAUCAGUGGGUUCAUUUCCACCGAGAUAGAUAUCAAACUCCUCUUCAAAUGUAAGUACGUCUCUUGUAGUUUUAUUGGAACUUUUACUUGAAAUGUUGUAAAGAUUUUUC